AGUAUAAAAUGGUGGAUCCCCGUUCUUAUCUGAUCACAACAAUAGACUUAUAUACUAAAUCGGAAAACAUAUAUAUUUUAGCAGCUUCAAUCAGUGUAUGUGUUGAUGUAAUUUACAGGACAUGAUUUUGUCAGUUAAUGUACGAUUCGUAGUUGUGGCGGUGUAUCUAUAUCAAAACGGAAAGAGGUCGUAAAUGUGGAAGCAAUAUGGCAUUUCUGGGGCUCGGUCGUUCUGCUCUAAUCACAGCAUUACUAUCUGUGGUCAUUGGGUACUACUGGAUUAGAUCCAACAAAUAUACUACAGAAGGCUUGGACCAAAAACUGUCAGGACAUGACAUUGUGUACCUGCUGCUCACCACCAUUGCUGUAACUCUUACUGCCUGCUAUGCCUGGCUCCGUAUCAACUACCCAAUUUGGUGGAGCGAUCUACUGUACUUCAGAAAGUUGAUACAAUGGGGCAUGUCCAUUAAGAAGAAGAUGAAGUCGGGAGAGACCAUCCUUGAUGUCUUUGAUCGUCACGUCCACCAGCAACCCGACCAUCCUUGUAUCUUAUUCGAGGAUGAGGUUUACACUUACGCCGAAGUGGACGGCUAUGCCAAUCGAGUGGCCCGUUGGGUGAUGGAUACUGAUCCCAGUCUUCAGAAAGGAGAUGCAAUUUGUCUUUUGCUUCACAAUGGUCCGGUGUUUGCCGGAACGUGCAUGGGGUUGAUGAAGCUAGGGAUUGUUGCAAGUCUCCUGAACACUAACUUAAAACCAGCUGCUCUUCUACAUUGUUUGGAAGUCAGCGAGGCUAGGAAAAUCAUCUUCGGGGUCGAAUUAUGGGCCUUGGUGAAAGAAAUGCUUCCUCAGCUGAGCGACCUGAACAUCGAAGCCUGGAUGAUCAUAGACACCGAGAUGGAGACCCCACGCAGUGUCUCUUCAGAUGUUCUUACCAUGGAUCUCUCGAAGCUCUCAGGUCAUCCAUAUGCGAGAGAUGCUCACAAGCUCACCGACAUGGCUAUUUACAUAUUUACAUCUGGUACAACGGGAAUGCCGAAACCAGUGAACGUACUCCAUCGGAAAAUCAUCCGAGCCACAUAUCUCCAUUUCUUCUCCUACCUCACUCCUGAUGAUGUGUAUUACAUCGCUCUGCCGAUGUAUCACUCGGCUGCUCUACUUCAGGGGGUCUUCUCAAUAUGGUAUUACGGAGGAACGGCAGCCAUCGCAAACAAGUUUUCUGCAUCACGCUUUUGGGAUGAUAUCAGAAAACAUAGAGCUACAGGGUUCCAUUACAUCGGUGAGCUUUGUAGAUAUCUUCUGGCCCAACCUAAGAAACCAGAGGACGGGCUUUAUCCUCGUGAGAUCCGGAUCUGUCAGGGAAAUGGAUUGCGCCCGGAAAUUUGGCGGGAAUUUCAAGAGCGAUUCAAAAUUGGUAAUAUCUUCGAGAUAUACGCAGCCACCGAGGGGAACUUCGGGCUCAUCAACACCGAUGGCAAAGUGGGCACCGUCGGCAGGUAUCCAUGGUUCAUGAAGAAUGCAGUUGACACUCUCGAGAUUGUUGACUACGAGUAUGCAAGUGGUGAACCUAAACGGGGACCUGAUGGAUUCUGUAUACAGCUUCGUCAAGGUGAGACUGGCCUAGCGUUAACCAAGAUCAACAAGAGUAAUCCUUACACUGGUUAUAAAGGUUCAGAGGAAAAGACCCUGCGGAAAAUUGUCAGUAAUGUCAAGAAAAGUGGCGACAUGUACUUCAACAGUGGUGAUCUCCUUAUGUUAGAUGAAGAUGGUUACGUGUAUUUUAAAGAUCGCCUUGGUGAUACGUUCAGAUGGAAAGGAGAGAACGUCUCGACCAUGGAGGUAUCACAGACUCUCAGUACAUUUCCUUCUAUCUUAGAAGCAAACGUUUACGGUGUCAAAAUUCCAGGUCAAGACGGUCGAGCGGGCAUGGCAGCGGUGGUCAUAAGAGAAGGGUACGAACUCGACUUGAAAGAACUAUUUGUUCACGUGAAUAACUACCUUCCUGGGUACGCCUGUCCGAAGUUCAUCCGCAUCAUGGACAGCAUGGAGAUCACGGGUACCUUCAAACACAAGAAGACAAAGCUGGUCGAACAGGGAUUCGACAUCGACGUCACAGAGGAUCCGAUAUACGUCAUCGAUGUAAGGCAUAAGACGUAUGACAUGUUGACGGCGGAGCACAUGCGGAAGAUCCAGGAAGGACUAAUACAAUUCUAGAUGUAGGCCUAAACUUGUUAACAAAAUGAAAGUAUUAAUGGUGUAUACUGUAGCUGAACGGUUCAGCUUGCUAUGUCUUUAUUUUUCCCGAUCAUCAAACCUGGCAAGAACAUCCGUACACCAACACUCGCCUAAGCAUGCACACACAGAAAAUUAUAAUUCUGCCGUCAUCGCUCUAUGUGGCUUUUUAAAGAAAUAAAACGAAUUAUGGCCAUUAUGUAUCAAAUAUCAAUCAUUAUAAAGCCUGUACAAUAUGUAUUGGCAUGGAUCGUUUUGGAGCUCGGGGCUUCAUGAACGACACGAAAAUCUUUUAAAAAUACCUUGUAAUUUAUCAAUAUGAUACUUCUUAUUCUUGCAUUUUACUUGUUGUUUACAAUAUUUAAAUAAAAGAGUUGCCAAAGCUGUUGUACAUGUAUAACUUU